CAAAGAUUUAGAUGAUUUUUUUUCUUGCUCAUUUCCAAAGUGCAAAGCAGCACAGGGCCAGGCUGAAUCUCCUUUAACCCUUUGGAUAUUUGCUGGUUCAAUUCCAGAUUUGGUUUUGAUUUUUGAUUCCCCUGUGGUCUGCGCUCUUUUAACGUGAGGUUUUCAUCGAAGCGAAGAUCAUGGACGCAACUGGAACAGAACCAACAAGGAUGACAUUUUCGCCCUGGGAUUAUGUCCUCUUUGCCGCGAUGCUCCUGAUUUCCACUGGGAUUGGGAUAUUUUUUGCUACUCGCCGCACUGACAGGCAGAAGAAGGCAGACGACUUUUUCACGGGGGGUCGACAGAUGUCGGCUCUGCCUGUGGGUCUGUCCCUGUCAGCCAGCUUCAUGUCUGCAGUCCAGGUGCUGGGAGUUCCAGUUGAGGUAUACAGAUACGGAGCUAAGUGUAUACAGAUGUGCCUGGGGCAAACACUGAGUGCUGUCCUGACUGCCUACUUCUUCCUGCCAAUUUUCUAUCGGUUGAGAUUGACCAGCACCUAUGAGUACCUGGAACUGCGUUUCUGCAAAAGCCUCCGACUGUGUGGGACCAUACAAUUCACAGCGGCCAUGGUCCUGUACACUGGGAUUGUCAUUUAUGCGCCUGCACUGAUAUUAAACCAAGUUACUGGUCUUAACAUCUGGGCAUCCCUGUUAUCCACUGGAUUCAUCUGCACAUUCUACACAGCCAUGGGAGGGUUGAAAGCAGUCAUCUGGACUGACGUCUUUCAAGUCAUCACCAUGAUGUCCGGUUUUAUUGCUAUCAUGAUCCGGGGAAUCUAUUUAGUUGGAGGAAGUGGCAGAUUUCUGGAGAAUGCAUAUAAUGGGUCCAGGAUCAAUUUUGGAGAUUUUGAUCCAGAUCCCAGGAGACGCUACACGUUCUGGACUUUUGUUGUCGGGGGCACUAUAUUGUGGUUGUCCAUGUAUGGAGUCAAUCAGGCUCAAGUCCAACGCUACAUCGCUUGCAAAACUGAGUCCCAAGCACGGCUUGCUAUCUUUGUGAACCAAAUCGGUCUGUGGAUGAUAGUGACGAGUGCAGCAACCUGUGGAAUCAUUAUGUUUACCUUGUACAGGGACUGCGAUCCUGUCAAAGCUGGGCAUGUCUCUGCACCGGAUCAGAUGGUGCCGUACAUGGUGCUGGAUAUAUUUCAGACAUACCCUGGAGUUCCCGGAUUGUUCCUUUCCGCUACUUUCAGUGGGACAUUGAGCACAGUUUCCACCAGUAUCAAUGCUAUGGCUGCAGUCACUGUGGAGGACAUCAUCAAACCCAGGAUGAAAAUACUGUCUGAAAAGAAGCUGAUCCUAAUAUCAAAAGGAUUGUCCCUGUUGUAUGGUUCCGCCUGUGUUAUUUUUGCAGCGUUGUCCUCCCUGUUUGGAGGAGAGGUCUUGCAGAGCUCUUUAACAGUGAUGUGCAUCAUCAGUAAUCCUUUGCUGGGAGCGUUCAUCCUUGGAAUAUUCCUACCUCCUGCUAAUAGCGCGGGCGUAUUUUCAGGUUUAGCAGCUGGAUUUGCAAUUUCUCUCUGGGUGUCCAUUGGGGGAAUUCUGUACCCACCCACCCCUGAGAUAAUGGGGGUCCUGCCAUUCAAUACAGACAGCUGUCAUCUUUCAUACAAUUCCAACACUACAGUCGAUGGCAGUGUUUGGCGUGCUGAGACGAGAACACAGGCUUCUGGGUCAAAGAAUAGGCCCAGCAUUGCAGAUGAGUUCUACGCCUUAUCUUACCUCUACUAUGGAAUCCUGGGAACAUUAACAACAGUGAUUGUUGGAAUUGGAGUCAGUUAUUUAACAGGGCCAACUAAGAGAGAAGCCAUUGCUGAUGGUCUACUCUGGUGGGAUCUUUCAAAAGGAAAGUCAGUUUCCAAAGAGACUGAGCAAUUGAAAAAGAGAGAGGUUCCUGUAUCGGUAAGCAACAGGCCCACUCUGGAACAGAAGGGUUCCACAGCAUCAAUUCUUCCAGUUCAUGACAAAACAGGCCUUGAGGAAUCACAAGUCCAGCCCGAGGGAUUCACUCAAUGGAACACCAUCACAGAUAUAAACAGCUCCACAGCCCUGGUUGAAACUUAUUUGCCUCCACUGACAGAAACCUGUGUUUGAAUCAAAAUCCUCCUGGCAUGAAAUCCAACACAGCUCGAUCCAACCCAUGGCUAUCAGUGUGAUUCCCAGCUCUGCCGUCUAUUGUAGAUUCAUAUCACAUGCUUCUAUUUUGUAAGUCUAGUCUCAGUUCAGUUCCUGUUUGUGAUGGGACCACAGAACAAAACUACCUCUAAAUCACCACCAGUUGAUACUAAAUUGGCAAUGACCUCCAGAGAGGGCCUUAGCUGAUAUGCAGGUAAUUUCCUGUAAAUGUAAUGACGGGGAUCUUCUCUGGAUUUAGGACAAACCACAUCAUAAGAGAAUCGAGCAAGCUUUACUCUGUAUCUGAUCUUGAGGAUGUAGUGAACAUCCACUUGAUCUAACCCUUGCUGUACCUGAUCAGGGGGAAACUACAUGGGGCAGGACACAGGAAGCUUUACACUGUAUCUGAUUAGUGAGUGUAGAGGAAACUUUAUACUGUGUCUAAUCCAUGCUGUAUCUACCCAGCGAGUACUUGAUGGGACAGUGUGAGAGAGCUUUACUCUGUAUCAAACGCCAUGAUGUAUCUACCCUGCAAGUGUUUGAUGAUGAUAUUUUGCUUGGAGCUAUAUUGUGAGUUAGGUGCAGGGUUCGCUCUGUUACACAUUACACAUGAUCUCUUGAGUCAAACUACAAUCAUUCCCUUUAUAGCUUGGUGAGAAAAUCAUUAUAUGAGGCAGGACUGACUCCCAGAUAGUCCCUGGUUUGUGUCUCUGCAUUUAUUUGUAUAAAGAUUCUGUGUGUAUGAAUGUGUGUGUGUACGGAUUAUAGAUAUUCACGCACCAGAAAUGGAAAAUGAGAUAAAGUGAAAUGACUGUCCUGCUGGGCUGUGAUGUGACAUUGAGGGCCGAGGUGAUGCUUGUCUACUCAUGCAGAGAGCACAGACUGAUACUUUCACAUGAGCUAAUAUGCCAAUAAUAUAUUAACCAAGAGUAUCAGCAACUCACCAGGGUAGCACUUUGUUAGUGAGCAAACCUAUUUGUUUGCAAAAUGUUGGUAAAGAUUCUGAGUCUUUAGUCUGAAUUUUUCAAAGUGAUAAUCCAAGAGUCAUCACAAUGAGUGUCCAAAUCAACAAAAGGGAGGGUGCCCUGUUCUUUCAAUCAUUUAUACAUCCUCCUGAUCACUUCAACAUACGCAGACUCCAUCUGCCAGUCCCAACACCCUCAUAUCAACUCAAUCUAUUAACUCAAAUCCCUGAGAAACAUGUCAGAAAGGUGAAAAAUUGGAAAGGAUUAGCACACCAUGAUUCCCUUAUGGAUAUUAUCAGUUCGUUUAAGAAUCUUGGGAAAGGUUAACUCUUCCUUGUCACUAAUAUACAGCGACCGGAGGAAAUCCCCCCUCAUGUUCACAAUGUCAAUAACACACACACAACAUGACCAGAGGAACAUUAUCCCCAGACACUGCUCACAGGUGAACCCUUAACUCUAUUUUCUGCACCAUCCUUCCAAAUGUUUGUUUCUGAUACUUAAAUAAAGUCAGUGGGUUACCAAUUGAAAUGGUGGA